CAUUACAUUACACACCCUCAAAAAAUCAUUUCCAGCAAACCUACACAGACCUGAAACCCCCAUCAUCAAACUCUUCAAGAACACCUUGUUGUGUGCUUAUAUUGCAUUGUGUGAAGGUAGAAAUUAACAUGUACGGACAGACAACCCUAGAGUCAGUAGAUUCCGACUUGGCUCUUCUUGAAUCCAUUCGACAACACCUUCUAGGCGAUCAUAUGGAGCCUCCGGCAACCAUCUUCGGCGGCGACGUAGACGACAUCAUCCCCUUGUUUUUCCCCAGUUCUACUGCUGCUUCAACCUGCUUAAGUGGGCUUUUUACCACGGAGAACUGGUGGGAAUCGGCGCUAAAACCCGAGGACUCUGAAUCCGAAGCUGUAAGUACACCGGAGGAGGAGGAGGUUAAGUUGAGGAAGCAAGCUCAGAAUGCGUCGGUUAAACGUGAUGUGCACGCACCCAGGGUGGAGAGGCAUUUCAGGGGCGUGAGGAGGAGGCCUUGGGGGAAGUACGCGGCGGAGAUUAGAGAUCCGGCGAAGAAUGGCGCGAGAGUGUGGCUCGGGACUUACGAGACUCCCGAGGAUGCUGGUCUGGCUUACGACCGAGCUGCUUUCAAACUGCGCGGCUGUAAAGCCAAACUCAACUUUCCUCACUUGAUUGGCUCGAACAGCGUUGAGCCGGUUAGGGUUACCCCGAAGCGGCGGCGCUCGCCGGAACUGUCCUCUACGUCCUUGUCGGCAUCGGAGGACAACGAGUCUCCCAAGGCAAAGCGAAGAUAGAGCGUUAUGGGGUUAAUAAUUAAUCAACACCAUAUAGUACGAGUAAAUGUGAAAAUGCUUUUUUUGAUUAGGCGAUCGAGUUCUACAGGUCAUCCUUGCGUUCUUUUCUCGGUUCAUGUAAUUGCUAUUAACCAUGAGCAUUUUCUUUAUGUUAAUUAUUUUAAAUACGAGGAAGAUAAGGCCUCAAAUAUUCUCUUC